AGAGAUGAUCUUACAGCUGGCGGUGGAGGUCUGGCAGCGGGGAGGCCCUAGCCGUAGAAAAGCCUCUCGGACGGAGCGCGGAGGCCGCCUUUCCCCGCCUCCGGGCGCGAGUGGGUCCGUCCGCCGUGGACCGAGGUGCCGCCCGCUCCGCCCGGGUCUCAAACCCGCGGCUGCGGCGAGCCCCGCCCCGCGCACGUGGCCCGGGGUCCUGGCUGCGGGCUGCCGGCGGCGGGCGCCUGCCGGGCGGGCGGGAGGCGGGCAGGCGGCGCCCGGGCAGCCGCGGCGGCGGCGGGGGGGGCCUUGCGGCGCGCGCAGGCGGCGGCGGCGGCGGGGUGACAUUCAGCCGGGAGCCCGCAACAUGGCGCAGGCCGCGCAGAGGCUGGCGCAGCGCGUUGCCGCCCGCGGGCCGCAGCUCCUCAGCGCUGCCGUGGCGUACUCGAAGCCGCGCUUGGCCACGUUCUGGUACUACGCCAAGGUGGAGCUGGCCCCGCCGACCCCCGCCGAGAUCCCCCGGGCCAUCGACGGCAUGAAGGCCAUGGUCAGGAGCUUCCAGACCGGCCGGCUGGCGCAGCUCACCGUCAAGGAAGCGCUGAGGAACGGUCUGGUGGCCACGGAGGUGCUGAUGUGGUUUUACAUUGGGGAGAUCAUAGGCAAGGGCGGCCUGAUCGGGUACAAUGUCUGAAGACUCAUCCUCAGCAACGCUGUCUUUGGUGCCGUGGUCCCAAGUCUGUAACGGGGUCUGUGACAAUAAAGCCAGGAAGCGA